UGAAAAAUAUCUUCUCACAUUUGUAAUAACCAAUUAUUAAAAGUAGAUAUGGCAGAUGCAGUGGUGAAUUUUCUGCUGGAGAAUUUGACACAGCUAUUAAGUGAAAAUGUGCAGCUAAUUGGAAGUGCAAAGGAAGAGUUUAAAAAUCUAAUUAAAGCUGUUCAACAGCUAAAAGCAUUUUUAGACGAUGCUGCAAAAUACGGAAACAGCAAUAGCGAGCAGUGGAAAGUUUUGGUGGAAAAUAUACAGAAAACAGUGCAUAGAGCUGAAGAUGCAAUUGAUAAGUUUCUGGUUCAAGCAAAGCUGCAUCAAGACAAAACCAAAAUGGGAAAGUUAUUUGAUUGGCGAUACUAUGUUGCUACUGUUAGAAAUCUUGCUGCUGAGAUCAAAGGCAUUAAUGAUCAAGUCAAGGAACUUUGUCAUACCAAUCAAGCUCUUCAACCCACCCCUCUUCUUCAGCUCCCUAAAAAGGUUGACCCCGAUGUAGAUGAGAGUCCUUCUUUGGAGGAUGAUGAAGUGGUCGGUUUUGAAGAGGAAGCUAACAAAGUGAUCAAGCGACUUGUUGAAGGACCAGCGGCAACUCUGGAUAUUAUCCCAGUGAUGGGUAUGGCCGGACUUGGAAAAACUACACUCGCAAAAAAAAUCUGCAAUGAUCCUAAGAUUUCAUAUGAAUUUUUCAUGAUCCCUUGGGUUUACGUUGGUCAGGAAUACAAAAUAAAAGAUAUUUAUCUUAAGAUUCUCAAAUUCUUCACAAAACGCAUAGAAGAUCAUCUCAAUGAUAAUGUGGACGAAUUGGCUAAGGCGAUAGGUGGUUAUAUCAAGAAAGGAGGUAGAUGUCUCAUUGUUUUAGAUGAUGUGUGGGUAGCAGAAGUCAUUGAUCAUGUGAAGAAAGUUUUUGCAGAAAACAAAAAGGAUCAUCGGAUUAUGAUGACAACACGUGAGAAAUGUGUUGCUAUUUAUGCCAAUCCAGAACCUCAUGAUCUGAAAUUCUUGACUCCAAAAGAAAGUUUUGAAUUGUUGGUAAUGAGAGUUUUUGGCAAGGGAAGUUGUCCACAUGAAUUAGUAGAACUUGGGGAAAAAAUUGCAGAAAAAUGUGAUGGAGUACCGCUUGCAGUAGUGGUAAUUGCAGGAGCAUUAAGAGGUCGUCCUGACAAAAAAGAUUGGGAAAGAGUUGAGAAAAAUGUGCUGCAACAUUUUUGCAAGGAUACCGAAGAUAGCUGCUCGAAAUUUGUGAAGAUGAGUUAUGAUUAUUUGCCCCAAGACGUGCAGACGUGCUUCUUGUAUUGUGGUGUCUUUCCUCGAGGCUUUUAUAUCCCUUCUUGGAAAUUGAUUCGCUUGUGGAUAGCAGAGGGGUUGAUAAAGCCGCAGCCUAUGUUCACUCUAGAGGAGAUAGCAGAGUUUUAUUUGAAGGAUCUUGUCAAUAGAAAUUUAGUAAUAAUAAUGCAAAAGAGGUCUGAUGGUCAAAUAAAAACUUGUCGUCUUCACGACAUAUUGUAUCAGUUCUGCAAAAAGGAGGCUAGUAACAGAUGGAUUUUUCAAGAAGUAUCUCCAACACCUGAUCAAUCUAUUCCUUCUAUACAGGAUCCAGAUACUUGCCGUCGAUUGUGUAUUCAACCAUCUACUCUGUGUGACUUUAUCUCCACAAGACCUUUUGCAGAACAUGUCAGAUCUUUCUAUUGUUUUUCCUCAAAACAAAAACAAAUUGACUUGUCUCCUAAUGACAUCAAACUCAUUCACAAAGCAUUUCCACUUAUGAGGGUCUUGGAUGUUGAAUCUCUCAAAUUUCUUUUCUCCAAAGAAUUUAACCAAUUAUUUCAUUUGAGGUAUAUUGCUAUCUCAGGUGACUUUAAGGCCAUUCCUCAGACCAUUGGUAAAUUCUGGAAUUUACAAACUCUUAUACUUAAUACAAGUACCUCAGAGCCCACCCUUGACGUAAAAGCAGACCUAUGGAACAUGUUACAGCUGAGGCAUCUGCACACCAACAUACCUGCAAAAUUGCCAUCCCCAACUACCACUACAGGUAAAGCUUCUUGUCUGCAAACUCUUUCUAUGGUUGCACCAGAAAGUUGUGAGAAAGAUGUGCUAGCAAAAGCUUGUCAUAUCAGAAAAUUGAGCAUUCGAGGGCAAAUGGCAGCUUUUCUUGGUUCUUACAAAGGUGGUAUCAACAAUCUUAAAGAGCUAAAGUGUCUGGAACAUUUAAAAUUGUUGAAUGAUGUUCUAUUCAUGAAUAAAGCGCUUCGCCUUCCACCAACAUUCUCCAAACUUGUACAUACAGUGAAGAAGUUAACUUUGAUAAACACAAGGUUUGCUUGGAAUGAGGCAGAUAAAUUGGGGACGUUGGAAUCCCUUGAGGUCCUAAAGUUUAAAGAAAAUGCAUUUGCGGGUGAUUCCUGGAAGCCAGAGACUGGAUUUAGGGCACUCCAAGUCUUGUGGAUUGAAAGGUCAGAAUUAGAAACUUGGGAGGCUUCGGAUCUUAACUUCCCCAUGCUUAGGCACCUUGUACUUAUCUCUUGUGAUAAGCUUGAUGCUGUUCCACUUGAGCUGGCUGAUAUACCUGACCUUCAAGAGAUGAGGCUGGAGAACACAAGCAAAGCAGUGAAAUCCGCAAAUGAUGUUCGGGAUAGCAAGACAUCUAAAAGCAAGAAAUUCAAGCUAAGCAUAUUCCCUCCUGAAAAUGAACCCAAGGUUGCACAGUGAAAUUGAAAGGAGAUAACAGAGCACUUGGACAUUGAGCUUGCUGGAAGCCAGGGGUCAUCAGACAAAUAGCUGGAAUAUUGUGAUUUUGAAAUAAGGCUAGGUCUGUUGCAUUUCGAGUUCCCCUUCGUGUGGAUUGUUUUUUUUAAUUCGAUUGUGAAACUGUUUGCAUCUUUCCCAUUCUGUUAUGGUUGAAUAUGCUUUGUUUCAUUCGUGUAAAACUGUUGUUUUCAUCUAUCAUUGUUUUGGUUGAAAGACAUCUUACUCCGAAAACAAAUGUGCUAUUUCAAGUCUUAUUAA